AUGGACAUAGACUCUUCAAAAUCUUUAGGAUUCCAACAUAUUCACUAGUCAAACCCUCAAAAAACUUUUCCAUUUUUACUGGGAUCCAAGAACCCCCCCCCACCCCCUUUUCUCUCUCUCUCUCUCUCCAAUCAAGAAUUCCACACCAACACUCUCUCUCUCUCUCUCUCCCUCCAAUCAAGAAUUCCACACCAAAAAGCAAAGGGGACAAAAACCCAAUUCACCUUUACUUCUUCUUCUUCUUUUCCCAAUCCCAGAUUCCCACUAAAACCAAUUGCAUUCAAUUCCAAUACAUCCAUCCCUUUGAUCCCAAAUUACACCAAAUUUUCUUGAUGGGUUAUCUCUCUUGUAGAGCCGAAACAUCAAUCUCCACUGCCCAAACUCCAUCAUCACCAUCUCCAUCUCCAAAUUCCUCCAAGAAACAAAAACCCCAUCACCAAAACAAGCCCAUCAAACUCCAAGAAUUCGACUACAAAGAUCUCGAGCUCGCCACCAACAACUUCUCCGACACCAAACUCCUCGGCAAAGGCAGCCAUGGCCUCGUCUACAAAGCCAUCCUCCGUAACGGCCGUCUCGUCGCCGUCAAGAAACCCUCGAGAAACCCCAAGAAAACCACCUCCGAAGUCGAAAACGAAAUCGACAUUCUCUCCAAACUCCACAGCCCUAGAUUGGUCAAUCUCCUCGGAUUCACCAAUCAAAAUCAUAACCAAAACGAUCGACUCCUCGUCGUCGAAUUCAUGAGCAACGGCACUCUCUACGACGUCCUACAUUCCAAUUCAAAUAAUCGACCCCCAAAUUGGGGGAGGAGAAUCAAAUUGGCUUUGCAAACUGCCAAAGCCAUCGACACUCUCCAUUCAUUAAACCCCCCUGUGAUUCAUAGAGACAUUAAAUCUGCUAACGUUUUGAUAGACAGGAAUUUCAAUGCCAGAUUAGGCGAUUUCGGAUUGGCAUUGAGGUGCGUCGACGAUUGCCGUCUCCGGUCGACGCCGCCGGCCGGAACAAUGGGGUAUUUAGAUCCCUGUUAUGUAACCCCUGACAAUUUGAGCACAAAAACUGAUGUGUUUAGCUUUGGUAUAUUGCUUUUGGAGAUCAUCAGCGGCCGGAAGGCAAUCGAUAUGUCGAAUUCGCCGCCUUCUGUUGUCGAUUGGGCGAUUCCUUUGAUCAAAAGGGGGAAGUUCUUGGCAAUAUAUGAUCCAAGACUUCUGCCUCCUAAGGAUGCCAUGGUUAGGAAAAUGUUGGCCGUGGUGGCGGCGAAAUGUGUGAGGUCUUGUAGGGAGAGGCGGCUGUCAAUGAAGGAGGUGGUCGAGUGUUUGACGGAGCUGCAUCGAUUAGUCCCGGUGCAUUCUUGGAAUGGUUUAGGCAAUCCUUGUUUGAUGGUGGAGACAGGGGGGGUACCUAGCCAAUUGAGUCGGGGGGGUCGAGAUGAUGGGGAUGUUGAGGUUGGGAGGAAUCCGCGGAGAGUGUACUCGGAUUUGGGGUGUCGAAGCAAUUUGAUGGAGUUGAUGGCUAGCCCGGAGGGCGGGGCGGUGGGAUCGAAGGUUGAAUCGAAAAGGGUGUCGAGUUUUAGGUUUGAUGGUGUUAGGAUGACGAGUAUUCGAUCGAUGGUGUUUGGAGAUUGGAAAGAUAGGGGUUCGAAUAUGAAGACAAUUGAAUCCGUUGGGGAGAAGAUCAAUGACGAUGGGUUGAAGAAUGGUUCUUGAUCCGCAGAGUCAGAGUCAUCGCGGUCAAUAUAACAGAUCGAAAAAGGUUUGAAGCUGAAUUUGAUGUAUACUUUUGACACUUGAGAACAAGAAAGAAGGAUGACAUCUUUGUAGAUUGAAGUUUUGUGACAUUGAAUUUGAUUGAACAAGAGAGUUAUGUGUGGAUUGCUUUUCUUAAUACCUCUAUUGGUGAAAUAAAUUAAUUUAGGGUUCUUUUCUUGUUUGUAUUAAUUCAGUCAAUCAAAAUGUGGUUUUUUAGGUGACUGUUAAGUGUGUUUUUCUUUUGUAAUGGUAUCAAUGCAAUGUUUCCACUUGUUUUUGUCAUAGCA